ACAGCAAUUAAGAUUGUGUGACUGAAUGACUGCAAAAUGCAUGACUGCAUUUAUUUUGUUAUUUUCAUUUUACUCAUAGUCCCAACUUAGCGCUUUCAUAAAAUGGUAGUUAUACAUUCAUCCCUGGUUGGAGACCUUGAGCAAACAUAUCAGGAAGGGCUGUGUUGUAACACACAAAACAAACUUGUUCCUGCAUCCUGCCUUUGUGAAUGUUUAUUACCUGAGGCUUCUAGUUCUUACUGUGUUGGUCCUUAAAUAAAAACACCUUCCUUUUUCUGUCAGGUAAAGCCUUUGACACUGCUGAGGCUGUGAAUGCUGCUGUUUCCAAUAUCAUCUGUUCGAUUGUUUAUGGUAAAAGAUUUGAAUAUGAUGACCCAGAGUUCAGAGUGAUGCUGAGUCGAGCUAUUAGGAAUACUCAACUCCUGGGCUCUGCUUCAGUGCAGUUGUAUAACUACUUUCCAAUGAUGUUCAGUUGGGUUAAAGCCCGCAAAGAGCUGAUAGAGAAUGCCUUUGCUAAUAGAAGACAGAUCGCAGCAUUGAUCAAAGGUUUAGAGGACACCCUUGAUCCACAGAUGUGCAGAAGUUUGGUGGAUUCAUUUCUCGCUCGGAAGAUUCAGCUUGAGGCAUCUGGAAAUAUAGAUAAAAAUAUAAGUUCUCACUAUCACGAAGACAACCUACUGAUUACUGUUGUCAACCUAUUUACUGCUGGCUCAGAAUCUACAUCUAUUACUAUAAGAUAUGGCUUAAUGCUCAUGGCCAAGUACCCUGAAAUACAAGACAAAGUCCAGGAGGAACUGGAUCAGGUAGUAGAAAAUCGCCAGGUCCGAGUGGGAGACAGAAAGAGCCUGCCGUUCACUGACGCUGUCAUCCAUGAAAUACAAAGAGUGAUUAAUACUACGCCUUUUAUUGUACGUUGCGUUUCACAAGAUGUCACCUUUCAGUCCUACUUCAUCAAGAAGGUAAAACAAAAGUCAAACAGUCCCAGUUCUGAACCAAUUAGUGACACUGUACACAUCUACAUUUUUAUUUUUUUUAAAAAUGACACGUGAGUGCAGAACAAACAGCAUCAAGAGUAACAUGAAACUAACACACUGGGCUCUAUAGGACCCUCACCAAGACGUACAGGCUACUAUGUAGGAUAAUGACUUUUGUUCAGACUUCACUGUAAAAUCGAAUUAGUUCCCAGAACUCAAAAGCAUUAAGGAAACUCGUUGCCUCAAAAAAAAUUGAGUAAAGCUUAGCUAAAAAUGACUAAAUUAGGACAACUUAUUUAUUUUGAGUACUCUGUACAAGCUCAUUUGUUCCCAGAACUCAAAAAAUUGGAUCAAGUUUACUUAAGAUGACUCAUUUUGAGUACACUGUACAGCCUUGUUAGUUCCCAGAACUCAAUAAAAUUAAGGAAACUCGUUGCCUCAAAAAAACUAAGUAAAGCUUACUUAAGAUGACUGUUAGGACAACUUAUACAUUGCAAGUCUGCAGUAUUAAGAAUAACUUGAUAUUUCUGACUGUACAAUACUAAUUGUUUACCUACUGACAAACAUUUCAAGUUCAACUAAAUGAAAAAACAA